UCGCCAAUAGCCCAUCGUGCAGUAAUGAAGUGCGAUGUAAAUGAACAACAACAACAACAACCUUAAUGUUUCAUUGAACAUUAAAUCCUGAAAUUUAUCUCUGUGAAUGAUCCCUUUACUUAAAGUUAAUACCGAAUUAAUUCUUUUUUCACACCUCCAGGCGUAUAGUUGAAUCUUUAAACCAAUAACUGAUAAAGCUUACACAAAUUAGCAGCUCGUUGGAGAAGAAGUUCGUAUUUUUCGGAGCUCCCAUUGCUUCCCUCCGAUUUUACGAAUAAUUUUUGUAUAUUUAAACUAUUUAACUAAUUUCUUGUGUAAAUGAUGAUAUGGUAUAUUUUAAACGUAUAACAAAUGCUUUUGGACUGUUAUUAGAGAUUUAAAGGCAAUUAAUUGUGCUACUUCAUAGAAUAGACAAUGUGGUGGACGAAAUGGUGGUUUGUUUACAUGAAGUGUACUGAUGAAAUGUGUGACCAAGUCUUAUAAGAUUGAAUUGAGAAACUCGUAGUAGUCUCUUUAAUUCCAACCAAAAAGAGAAGUAAAGGGGCGAAUAUUGACAUCGCCGACCAACUGUAUUAUGACGAAUGGAGGGCCAGACUUCGUAGUCAGGCUCGAAAGUAUUUUGUUGAGGAAGGCUGUCGUGCUGAUGAAGGCUUCAAAUUGGAGGUUCAACUUGGUCAUGAGUGGAGGACUCGUGAAUUGAUACGAUUCCGCAGUCUUCCUAACAUGCACAUUGUGUUCGAAUCUUCAGAAAGCAAGUCAGAACCUGAACAAAUCCCAAAAAGGAUUCUGACUAGUGAAGCCUUCAUAUCGGAUGAGGAAUCAAAUUGUGGAUCUGGCAUUGAAUUGAAUGAUGAUGAUGAAGACGAGCUUUACAAAUUGACGAACACGGAUUUCAUUUUGCGGGAAUAUAAACGAAUCAAACGACUUUACCGUGGCUCGUCUUAUGAAUCAUUAGCGGAUGAAGAAUAUAUGGAUGGAUCCUUUAAUGGUGAUAAAAAUUAUGAAGAGUAUGAUUCCUGCUAUGGAUUAGAAAAUGUGGAAGCCCAUUGCUCUUCAAAAUCGAUAGAUAGCAUGGCUUGUAAUUCCAUUGAUAGUUCGGAGGCAGAAACGAGCGUGGUCCCUGAUAUAGUGGAAGAUAUUGGUGUUAAAUUGAAACAAGAUAAAAUCUUGAAAAAGAACACCAAGAAACUUCGUUUUCGAUGUUUUUUCAAGAACUUGUUCAAAAGGAUGAAAAAAACGAAGAAAAAGGACCACUAGUGUUUUUCUUAAAGGUGAUUUCCUGCAUGACGAUUUAGGACUCGGAUUAUGGAUUUUCCAAUCAGAUUAUGGAUCAUAUUUGUAUUAUUUGCUAGGAACAUCGUUACAUAUAACAGUAACGAAUUAGGCCAAUCUCCGCAGCUAAUUAUAUCCUGUUUGGAGAGUCAGGCAUUUUGUUCGAAACAUUGUUAAGUAGGAAUUAGUAACAACUGUAAUUCCUCUUGUCUUAAGAACUAUGUUGAGUAUUGCUAACAAACAUCUUAUUUUUAAAAAAAUCUGCAUAAUUGUUUUGAAAUUUUUAGUCAAAUAAACAUGUUUCGAA